CUUAAACAGGCAGUUCAAUACGCGGAACGUUGCAAUCAAUUAGACUUGGCUUUUAUACAGACCUUACCUGCCUGCAACUUGUUUUUCACCUUGCUAACCAAGUUCCUGGCCAUGUAAAAGUCGAUGAUGCAGCUGCGCUCUUUGCACAUCUUUAUGAAUAUCAACUUGGCUUCUAUCGCCCUCAAUUAGUAUCGUGUUAUACGCGUAAGCCUCGUGACAUCAGCGGCGAUGAGUCUAUCCGCAUUUCUUAGCUGUAUAGUCCUUGCCGCAGGUAUAACGCGCGCCCAGUCCGAAAACGAAACCGGGGAACAUCCAGGAUGGCCGCGAUGGUGCGGAAAAGUGUACGAAGCCGGAUAUCCGUCUUUCGAGCCAGGCGGCCACACGACAGAGCCAGCUCUCGUAAACCCGGACGGGUCGCCGAACUUGUACGUGCAAUUCAAGCCAAGACAUAGCAUCUACCUAGCCGGCGAGCAAAAGGGAUCCUUCGUCGUCAAGGCCGAGCUAUCGCCUUGGUUUGGCGAACCGUGGGAGAAUUCGACGACGAACGAAAAGUCGGUGGCGGCACCAUUUACGGAUCUAUAUUUCUCGAUUAGUCUGGCAUCCAAAAACGGCGAGGGCGAUACGCCACUGGUCGAGGGCAACGUUCCGAUUAACGCAACCGGUUCAGGUUUUGAUUUCGACCUCUCUGUUUUCGAACCGCGAUUGACACCAUACGAAGUCGUACUAGCUGGAACUUCACAGCUUGGUAGUCAUAACUAUACGGCGAACAGCUCGUUUCGAUAUCUGCCAGAUAUCGCCUCGGGAGGGAGCGCGACCAAGAUCGACAACCUGAACGGCGGUCUAUUAUUCCGCAACGCGCAGACGGGCGAUGUCUUCGUGCCUCUUCUGCCGUACGGAUUCUACGGCUUAUACAACGGAUCCAAUAGUACAACCGAGAGCGAAGAGUUCGUUCGCGACUAUUCCAGCGGCGGAAAAGGCCUUAAUGCUAUCAUAUCCUUAGCGGGAUUUGCCGACACCAAUCCGGUGUACGACAGCAUGGACGCAUCCACCAUGCGCUUCAUGUUCGAUCUACGCGGUUCAUACAAGAACUUAACAGAGGUCACACAACGGGUGAACACUAUUAAGCAUCAUAGCUCUCUAUUUGCUUACUGGACGGCUGAUGAACCCGACGGUUGGCAAGUUCCUUUCGAUGUUGCGCCUGCGGCUCGGGAUCUCAUCCACGAUCUAGACCCGUAUCAUCCAGUAGCAGUGACUCUCAACUGCCAAGACUACUACUUUAGAGAGUACUCGGCCGGCGACAUUCUAAUGCAAGAUCCAUAUCCCAUCGCGAUCAAUAGUACCUUCUCCAAGUGGGGUACAGCAUGUAAUACGACCCUGGGGGACUGUGGGUGUGAUAACUGCGCAGGUAACCCGCAGGAUGUCUCGCAACGCCUCGACGGCCUCAUCCAAUACGAACGCUGGCUGGGCCGGUGGCCGCUACCCAAGUUCCACAACCCGCAAGCUUUUCACGGAGAGGACUACUGGGCCCGCGAUCCGACGCCUGCUGAAGCCUUCGUCAUGAACGCGCUGGCAUUCAACCGAGGCGCCACCGGUAUCUUCGCCUGGACGUGGCCCACCAGCCAGGAAUUAUUCGAUGCGCACUCGAAGAUGGCUGCGGCGGUUACCAAUGCUCCCGCGAGGGACUUCCUCCUCGGUGGUCAGCCGGAUGGUACUAUUCGCAUCGAUAACCAGGAGCUGCUUGAUAUAAGCUAUUGGGUACGGGAAACCCAAAUCAUGAUCAGCGUGGUAAACGGGGGGUAUAGCGACAUGGACGGGCCGGUCUCGAUAACGCCACCAAAACCCGGCAAGCGUGUCGCGGAUGUACCGUUUGGAGACCAAUCCUGGAACUUGGUGGACGGUCGAUUGAUAACUGACAAGCUGCCUGCUAUGUCGACAAGCCUUGUCAUUAUUGAUUAUUGAUACAAAGCAAGAGUACUCAAAAGCAAUAGCAAUACCACGCACAUGGAUAACAUCCUGGUCAAAGUAGCCAAUGAACAUAUCGCCUUUGAAAUAGUGAUAUGCAGGAUAUUAUUGGUCCUCCUUCAGCCUGCUGCUCUGUCUGUCUGUCUGUGUUACACUCGUGCUAUCACAGAUGCCGGUAUGUAAGAGUAACGCCAGCAGCAAGUACCGGCUAGGGCAGGAUAUGACGAGAGAAUUAUAUAACAAGGGAAUGAAAUGCCGUCGACGUCAUUUCUACUCUAUUCUUUGUUCCUACGU